AUGGCUAAACCCCAUGACCUCAUUAUCCUUCUUCUGCUCUGCGCCACUGUAGAAUCUUCUUCUCGUUCAGUUGCAGCAUCUCCCUCUGAUCACCUCUACGAUGUUGGAAAUGUUGUCCCAUUUUUUGUCAACAAAGUGGGACCCUUCAACAAUCCCAGUGAGACGUAUGAGUACUAUGAUUUGCCAUUCUGCACCCCAGACCCAAUUGUCAGAAAGAAAGAGUCCAUUGGGGAAGUUCUCAAUGGUGAUCGUUUGUGCAAUUCUUUGUAUGAGUUCAAGUUCCGGGAGCACAAGAUUGAUGAGACCUUGUGCCAAAAUAAGCUUACAAUUGAUCAAGUUGCAAGCUUCAAAAAAGCUAUAAACCGUGACUUUUACUUCCAGUUUUACUUGGAUGAUCUUCCAUUCUGGGGUUUCAUUGGGAAACUUGAAGAGGAUAGCUGGUCUCCUGGUCGGGGAGGUCCAAACUAUUACCUUUUUACACAUGUUCAGUUUGAUGUUCUUUACAAUGGGAACCGAGUCAUUCAAGUAAAUGCAUUUGGUGAUCCGAAUCGCGCUGUAGAUGUAACAAAAGAUGUUGAUAUUGAUGUUAAAUUCACCUAUUCUGUUAUCUGGAAUGCCACUGAACUACAUUUUGAGCAGAGGAUGGACAAAUACUCAAGAGCUUCAUUGCUGCCUUUGUAUCGUCAAGUUCAUUGGUUCUCAUUCAUUAACUCAAUUGUCAUCAUUUUACUUUUGAUUGGUUUGCUUGCCCUGCUUUAUAUGCGCCAUCUGAAGAGUGAUUUGAAAAGGUAUUCUAAUGCAAGUGAAGAAGAUAAGGAGGUUGGUUGGAAGUCCAUCCACGGCGAUGUAUUCAGACCUCCUUCAAACUCAUCCUUACUUUUUGCUGUUGUGGGAACGGGUACCCAAUUGCUAAUCUUGCUUUGUGUCGUACUGUUUCUAGCACUUAUUGACACCAUCUAUCCCUACAAUCGUGGAGGACUGUUAAAUUUUGUUGUCCUGCUAUAUGCUCUUUCAUCAGUUUUUGCUGGGCACUCAGCAGCAUCCUUCCAUGGCCAGUUUUCUGAGAAUGGAUGGGAAAGGAGUGUUAGUCUAGCAGGAAUUCUUUACAUUGGACCAGUGUUUGUUGCUGUCUCUAUCCUCAACAUUAUUGCAAUAUCUUAUGGGACCACAACUGGACUCCCAUUGGGCUCCAUUGUUGUGAUUCUUGUUUUAUUCACAUUUCUUGCCAUCCCAUUGCUUGCAUUUGGUGGAGUGAUUGGAUACCGUUUUAGAUCUAAAUUUCAAGCCCCCUCUGCUACAAAGAGAUAUUCUAGAGAGAUUCAACAGCUUGCUUGGUACAGGAGAACUCCAUUUCAAAUGUUUAUUGGGGGUCUUGUGCCUUUUAGUUCAAUUGUCCUGCAAUUACACCAGGUGUAUGCUAGUAUGUGGGGCUACAAAAUAUACACUCUUCCUAGUAUUUUGCUUGCCACAUUCAUCACUGUCAUUGUGAUCAUUGCACUUGUCAAUAUUGGCUUGACAUAUAUUCAACUAUCUGUGGAAGACCAUAAUUGGUGGUGGAGAUCUUUACUGUGUGGUGGCUCAACAGCCAUUUUCAUGUUCGGGUAUUGUAUCUACUUCUAUGUGAGAUCAAAUAUGAGUGGAUUCUUGCAGCUAUCCUUCUUUAUUGGCUAUAGUGCAUGCCUAUGCUAUGCUUUCUUCCUAAUAUUUGGUGCCAUCAGUUUCCGAGUUUCAUUGCUUUUUGUUCGCCAUGUAUACCAUACUGAUAAAAGAGAGUGAGUCACCUAUCUCAGAAACACAAAGCAAUACUGGUUAUAUCAUUGAUGGACUAUGCCCUUCAGAAAGUGAAGUCUACACGAUAUGGUAUAAGGGUAUUACUUCCUUGAAUUCUUUAACAAGGACAUUUGUGCAGAAAUUGUAUCCCUUAUUUCUUUGCAUUAAGAUUGAAUAUCCAUGACUGCGCAUUUUGAAAAAGGCUUCCUGGUGGCACAUUUUAGCCCGGGGGAAUGAGAUGAGUGGAAUGAUGGAGUAUAGGUUGUUAAAUACCAGGUAUGAAUUCUUAAGGAGAAUUAAAACCCCGAGUUGUUUAUGAGAAACAAUUUUUUUUUUUUUUUUGGAUUUUACUUUUAUGAGGAACUUUGUUAACAAAGAA